AUGCCACCAUAUCUGAAGUCAACAAAUGAAAUAGUCCGGCCGGUUAGUACUGCUACAACAACAAGACAGAGGCAGCAACAACAAACCACCAACAAUGCGAACAAUGCGGAUGCAGAUGAAUGGCGUACCAUAUAUCGUUUACCAUUGAUCCGCUUGGCCUCCGCUUUCAAUCGUGUUAAAAUUCCCUAUGGUGUUUUUAAUGCCAUCAGCAUACCCGUUGCCUUUGCCCUGGAACAGGCAUCACAGCUGCCAGCAUCAACGGCCACAUUAGUCGGCGCCGUGGGUCUCACCUCCUGGAUGACCUUGUCCAUUUGUAGUUUGCUGACGAAAAACCUGGUGGGGAUCAUCUACAUAAAUGACAACAAUGAUAAGAUGAAGUUGGCCUAUAUCGAUUUUUGGGGUAACCGCAAUGAUGUUGUCAUCGAUUUGGAUGAUCUGAUGCCGGAAAGUGAAAAGAAACGGCCAUCGAAAUUUGAUUUCUAUCAAACGCUGACAUUGUGCAGCAAUGAUCAGGUGAAAUAUAAGUUAUUGCAAAGAUUCGGUCAAGUCGAAGAUCCGGAAACAUUUGUGGCGAUAUUUGGGGAAUAA